CACACCUCCGGGUAAGGUUUGUUCAUCAGUCCUGUUGGGACAUAUCGCCCAACUUGAACCCUCCAGCGAUUAUUGUCCCUUAUUUCGCCGAUCUUGAAUCGGCCGUGACCUCUACCGUCUGACAACAGUACAGGUGAACAAAGAAGACUUGAUCAGAUCAGAGGUCGGUGCUUUCCGUCGUCUCAGCGGCAGUUUUAAGAAGAGAGAAUAACAAAAAGAACCUGCGCCGCCAACCGGGGCACAAACCAGCCGUUUAGAUUCUUCCCACCGCGGGACGGGAGCGACGAGAGGCUCUUGAGAGCAACGGAGUACUGCUACUUUUUGUUUUUAUUUUAUUUUUUUAUUUUUUAUAGAGCAGGUGGAGAAGCGCCUUUUCUGGGGGCUGCGAGAGAUUCAGAGACGUGACUGUCGAAUCGAGGCUAUAACCUCAAAGGAAAUAGUUUCGGGUUAACGUCUAUGUGAUACUUGAACGUUAGCCGCGUCUCUUUGUGGCUUCUCACUUAACAAACGUCUCGCAAAGUGUUGAGCGGCCAAACUGGCUGUUUUCUGAGAGAAAAUAUAAUUAAAUUUAUGCUUAAACAGGUGCUGGAAAAUAUUUAUAUUAAUGGAAGCUUCCGCAGUCUUGGGCGUGUCGGUGUGCAGCCCUCAUUGGCUUUGUUUCUUCGGUUUGUGCCAUCUAUCUCACCAUGGACAGCCUGCUGAGCGGGGCCAGUAAAGGGGCUAGUGCCCUACAGACAGAACAGAACUCAUCACGUCAUAGAUGCCACUUGCUGUCUUUAUCUGUCUAUGACUGACUGUUUGGGAAACAAUAAAGCCUAAAUUCCUCUUCGAUUGAACAAAGGAGCCAUGCAUUCGCUGAUCUCCCUCAGUGUCUUUUGGCUGCUGCCCCUGGCUGUAAUGCUUGAAGAAGAAGCACCACUAGCCUGUGUCCCACGCAGACAUGUGUCCUAUCAUAGGGACAAUGCUGUUCUGUUUCGCGAAGAGGGUGUGUUCAACUACUCCACCAUGCUGUUGAGAGAAGACCUAGGUUUGCUGGUUUUGGGUGCCAGAGAGGCAGUGUUCGCUCUUGAUAUCAGUGACAUCUCCAAGAAACAUGCAUCAGUUAAAUGGGAAGUGACAGAGCAGCAAGUGAAUGAAUGUACAAACAAAGGCAAGGAUCCAGAGACAGAGUGCAAGAACUAUAUCAGAAUCCUGCAUGCGAUGAACAAUGGCAAGAUUUUUGUGUGUGGAACUAAUGCUUUUGAUCCAUUAUGUGACUACUUGUCUUAUGCAGAUAAAAAGCUGACUUUUGCACGGACUGCAGAGGAUGGCAAAGGAAAGUGUCCAUUUGAUCCUUUUCAAAGAUAUGCCUCCAUUAUGGUUGAUGAUCAGCUCUACUCAGCCACUUCUAUGAACUUCUUGGGCUCAGAGCCUAUCCUGAUACGCAGCUCUCCUGCAUCUGUAAGCAGCUCUCCAGGGUCCAUACGCACUGAGUUUAAAAGCUCCUGGCUUAAUGAGCCCAACUUUGUUUCCAUGGUUCAGAUGCCAGAGAGUGAGCAGAGUGAGGUGGGAGAUGAUGACAAGGUAUACCUCUUCUUCAGUGAGACUGCUGUGGAGUGCGACUGCUUCAACAAACUGGUGGUCUCCCGUGUGGCCCGUGUCUGCAAGGGGGAUGUUGGAGGUCGUAGGACUUUGCAAAAGAAGUGGACGUCCUUCUUGAAGACUAGAAUGGAUUGUCCGGUCCUGCAUUCCCAGCUGCCAUACCUUAUCCAAGACUCAUACCGUUGGUGUGACCCCAUGCAGCACUGGGAGAAAUGCAUUUUCUAUGCCAUCUUCACACCGCAGUCGGAUACAUCAGACCUGUCUGCAGUGUGUGCGUACCGCGUGUCUGACAUCGGCAAAGUGUUUUCAGAGGGGAAGUACAAGAGCCCAGUAACCGUAGAAACCUCUUUUGUUAAGUGGGUGAUGUAUAGCGGAGAAGUCCCUGAACCUCGGCCUGGAGCUUGUAUAAGCAAUGAGGACCGUAAAGCAGGCAUACAGAGUCUGGACCUCCCAGACCGGACCCUUCAGUUUGUCAAAGAUAGGCCCCUCAUGGACCAGCCUAUUCAACCAAUGGAUGGGAAGCCUGUACUGAUGCGAAAGGGGGCUGCAUUCACGCGCAUCAUAGUAAACCAAGUGCAAGCUGCAGACAGAGAAAUGUACCAUGUCAUGUUUAUUGGCACAGAGGAAGGGACACUGCUAAGAGCUGUGAACUACGAUGGAGAGAUGUUCAUCAUAGAGGAAGUAGAACUCUUCAAACCUCCGGAGCCAAUCAAGAGUCUUAAGUUUUCCAAUGUCACGAGACAACUUUACGCAGGUUCAAACUUCGGAGUAGCACAGAUACCACUUGCCACCUGUGGGAGGUCCUUGUCCUGUAUAGAUUGUGUUCUAGCCAGAGAUCCUUACUGUGGCUGGAGUGUUGCUGAUGGGAAAUGUGUUUUUCUUUCUAGUUCACAAGGAAACAUAAUCCAAAGUGUGAAAGAAGGAAAUGCCUCUCUCUGUCCUCCUCCUGAUCCUAUCGAGCCUGUGAUUCGCUUCUUCUGGCCAGGGAGCAACCUGAAACUUAGUUGCAAUUCGCCCUCAAACCUUGCACAAAUCAUCUGGGAACGGGACAACAUCCAAAUCACGUCUUCACCUAGUUUGCAGUAUUUACAAGAUGGGCUGCUCAUUCUCAAUGCUUCAAUUAACGAUGCUGGUCAUUACCGCUGCUUGUCUGUGGAGAGCUCCAAAGCUAAUAACUAUACAACCACUGUGGCUGAGUAUCGGGUUAGUAAAGACCCUGGGGAUUUUAAUAAGAUUUUGCUUCCCCAGGCCCGGACUGAUGGCCCUUCUGUUGCUGGUCUAAAAGCUGCAGUUGCCCUGCUUGUCAUUUCUCUUUUUGUCCUUUUGGCCUGGAACUUUUACAAAGGUCACCUACCCCUUCGCUGGUGUUGCAUGAAAAAGAAUGGUGAGCAACCUCAAUAUACUCGUGACCAGGUGGCUUUGAACUGUGAUAUGACUGAACAGGAUGCACAAAGGCCUUCACAGGCAGAGAACAAGCCCCUGAUGUCUGCAGCACCGAACAGCAGCAGUAAUAACAACCACGCUGGGGGGGCAGUCAGUGGUUCAGAUGAGAACAGUGCACCAAAAAUUAAUCUGACAUCUUUGCAGUACAUUGAUGAUGAGUCACAAAUUUGAAAAUGACGACCACCGUGCUGCAUUGGCAUGCAAAUGUUUGGGUAAAUUUCUGUUACUGUGAAACCCACAGUGAGUAAGGAAUGACCUGAUUUUCAAAAGGUAUCUGGUAAAAUAUUGUUUUUACAUAUUUGAUCAGUCAAAAUGUAAGGGCCUGGAACAAGUUUGUGUGUUGUGCAUUACUGAUACAAAAUAACACAAGUAACCCAGCUUCUAAAGUCUUAUCUUAUUCUUCAACAAGGUUUUCGUUUAGUAAGAUUCUUAAGUUGUUUUGAAUGCACUGCUCUUUUUAAUUUUAUGCACAGAUUUGGGCUAUAUUUAGGUAGGGAACCACAUGGGGCCAAACAUUCUGCAUCCAUUAAUGAAGAUAUUCCAUUGUGGAUUCACACCUUCAAUUUUUUAUAUUCAGUUGUUUUACAGAUGUGAUUAUUUUUAUAUUCAGGAUGGUAUCCACUCUUCCUCCUGCCAGUAAAAUGUUCAUGAUGUAGCUAAAAGUUUCACAAGUCAGAGCAUUUAUAAAGCGUUAAUAUUUGUUAAUAUUUGUAUGACUAUAAAUAUAACCCAAACAAGCCAAUUCAUAUUUUGAGGACACAUUGAUGGUCAGUUACCUUUAAAUCCCUCAGGGUGCCCAAACUGUGCAUCUUGUCUCCACACUGUAAUUUUCUUUUUUUACUGAAAAUAUUUAAAAAAAAAAAUAAUUUUGAGAGCAAUUUAUCUCAAACUUUUAAAUUCACAGUACAAAAAAAAAAAAAACAAUUUACAAAUUUUUUGUCAUUGGUACUAUUCAAAAAGUUGAAAUACAGGAUAGAUCACUUCAGCUGUAUUAUUCAAGAGUUCUCAACUUAAAAGACAUUUACAGCAAGUUUGUUCAUAAAAACAUCCGUGUUUGAAAGCGUGUUUUGAGAAACUUCUGGACUGAAGUGAUUUUUGUUUUGUUUUUCAUACAAGUACAGGUUUUUUACACAUUGCUUUUUGUUUUGCGUGUACAGUAUGCUUUAAAUGUACCUCUUAUUGUUCCAGGUUUACAGAUAAAGUUCUUGUAAUAAUUGGAGAGAUUACCACUGGGACUGUGCUGUGACUUAAAUUGAGCCAUUUAAUUUCUAACCACUACCACAGGUUUUCUUUUUAAAAAUGUGUUUAAUAAAUGUGGUCUCUGUGUUUGCA